UCACGUGGUUUCCCUCCGCGGCGCCGCCACUGCGCCUGCGCAGAACCUGCCUGGCCGGUUCCGCUGCCCUGCGAUGACGUCGUCAAAGCGCGACGGGCAGGACGGCCGGAGUGAGAUUAACGUCCAGACUCAAUGCUGCACCUCUGGGGGCAAAUGAAUCGGUAGUCGACGUUUGUGGCGGAGACCCUUCUUCAGGGCCGGAGGGGAAGUGGGCAGAAGCCAGGGAGAGGGGCUGACCCCUGACAAGGCGGAGAUGGAGAGGACAGGGAGACGAGGGCAGCUGUGUGAGUCAAAAUAGACCUGCUCAGGAUGUGCUGAACAAUCAAUUGGAGAGGUUGAAGCACAGCAUCAGGACCAUGUUGUAGGAGGCUCGGGCAGUGGAUAUCAUGGUGGGGGAACCUAACCCUUAACCUGAUGCCGGCUCAGGGCAGCGCUAACCAUGUCCCGUCGACCAGCGGAAAGCGUUCGGACGUACGACUGGACCCAGCCCCAGACUCGACGUCGCUUGGAGGAGAUCUUCUUCGGGGAAAACGGCUUCAUCCGAGCUGGCAGUAAAGAAUGCGAGGAAUUCUGGCUCUUCCUGGAGCGCUAUCAAAAAUUUCUGGAGCGAGAGAGGGAGAAGAGGGCAGAGUGGCAGGAGAGGGAGAAAGGGAGUGAGCGUGGGGAAGGGUGGAAUGAGAGAACAGAGAGAGAAGGAGAGAGUGAGAGAAGGGGAAAGGGGGAGAGUGGACAGAGGGAGGGCAGAAAGAGAGAAGAUAGGGAGAGAAAAGAUAGAGAGAGUGAGAGAAGGGGAAGGGAGGAUAGAAGAAGAGAGGGAGAUGGAGAGAUUGAGAGAAGAGGAAAGGAUACGAGGAGGGAGGGAGAUGGAAGGAGUGAGGGAAGGGGAAGAGAGGAUAGGAGAGAGGGAGAUGGAGAGAGUGAGAGAAGAGGAAAGGAUACGAGGAGGGAGGGAGAUGGAAGGAGUGAGGGAAGGGGAAGAGAGGAUAGAAGGAGAGAGGGAGAUGGAGAGAGUGAGAGAAAGGUAAGGGGAGAGGAUAUGAGCAGAAAGGGAGAUGGAGAGAGUGGGAGAAGGGGAGAGGAUAGGGGGAAGCAGGAGCAGGUACGACUGGAAUUUCCGGCCCAGUAUAAUAUACGCUACCGCAUCAACCUAUCGGUGUUGGGGAGCAGCCGGGGGUCGGUGGGGGAGAGCUGCCCGCUCCCCGAGGACCAGCAGGCUGCCUUCCGCCUGGCGCUGGUGCACUUUGCGGACUUUGGGCAGAAGCAGGCGUUCGGGCGACUGCGGAGGCUGCAGGAGGGCCGGCGCGCUCUGCCCGUGACCGCCUACCGGCCCCGGCUGCUGCAGCUGUGCCAGGAGUGCCCGGUGCUGGUGGUGGCCGGCGACACCGGCUGCGGCAAGUCCACCCAGGUGCCGCAGUUCCUGCUGGAGGCGUGGGGCCGCGGCCGGCUGGCCUGCACGCAGCCUCGCCGCAUCGCCUGCCUCUCGCUGGCCCGCCGGGUGGGGCUGGAGAGCCUGGAGCCCGGCGCGGUGGGGUACCAGGUCCGCUUCGACUCGUCGCCCACCCCCGGGGCCCGCCUCUGCUUCCUGACCGAGGGGCUUCUGCUGCGCCAGCUGCAGUCCGGACCCUCUGCGCUGAGCCGCUACCGCGCCGUCAUCAUGGACGAGGUACACGAGAGGCACCUGCACACUGACUUCCUGCUGGGGGUCCUGAGGCAGCUGCUGGACUCCCCCCAGGCCCCCGCUGCCUUCCGCCUCCUCCUCAUGUCGGCCACCAUCAACAUCAGCCUCUUCUCUCAGUACUUCGGGGGCGCCCAAGUGCUUCAGGUCCCCGGCAGACUGCACCCCAUCAAGGUGAUCUACCAGCCCGUGCAGAGCGAGGAGAGCGGCUCCGGUUCGGAGCGCCUGGACCCUAGGCCAUACCUGAGGGUGAUGCAGAGCAUCGAGGAGCGUUACCCGGCAGAGGAGCGCGGGGAUCUGCUGGUCUUCCUCAGCGGCGUGGCGGAGAUAGGCAUCGUGGCCGAGGCGGCCCGCACGCUGGCGGCCCUCACCAAGCGCUGGAUCGUGCUGCCGCUGCACAGUGGGCUGUCUGCGUCCGAGCAAGACAAGGUCUUCGAUGUCGCACCGGCGGGCGUCCGUAAAUGCAUCGUGGCUACCAACAUUGCCGAGACGUCUGUUACAAUCGACGGCGUGCGAUUUGUCAUCGACUCCGGGAAAGUCAAGGAGAUGAGUUUCGACCCCAAGGCCAAGAUGCACCGCCUUCAGGAGUUCUGGAUCAGCAGAGCCAGUGCAGAGCAGCGUGCCGGCAGGGCGGGGCGGACGGGGCCGGGCGUGUGUUACCGGCUCUACGCCGAGUCAGACUACCAGGCCUUCGCCCCCUACCCCGUCCCCGAGAUGCAGCGGGUAGCGCUCCAUGCUCUGGUCCUGCAGAUGAAGAGCAUGGAGCUUGGGGACCCGCGCACCUUUCCGUUCAUCGAACCGCCUCCGCUGGCCAGCGUGGAGACGGCCAUCAGCUAUCUGCAGCAGCAGGGUGCGCUGGACAGCGCGGAGAACCUCACUACCGUCGGGAGACUCCUGGCGCAUCUACCGGUGGACGUGGUCAUUGGGAAGAUACUGAUCCUGGGCAGCACCUUUGACCUGCUGGAGCCAGUCCUGACCCUGGCCGCAGCCCUGAGCGUCCAGUCCCCGUUCGUCAGGCAGGCGAGUCCCGACUGUGCGACCGCCCGUAAACCACUGGAGAGUGACCAGGGGGACCCCUUCACCCUGCUCAGCAUCUUUGAGGAGUGGCUGCAGGUGAAGUCUUUGAGGGGCAGCAACAGUCGGAAAUGGUGCCGGCGGAGGGGACUUCAGGAGCAGCGUCUGUACGAGAUGGUGAACCUGAGGAAGCAGUUCAAGACGCUGUUGAAGGACCAUCGGCUGCUGCUGGAGCAGGAGGGGGGCGGCUCCGGCCGGGGCAGUUACCAACGGCAGCAGCGCCACCGGGAGCGUCAGCAGCUGCGGCUGGUGAAGCGAGAACACGAGCAGCAGGACGGGCGCAGGCGCAAGGUGCUGCGGCUGGAGGACGAGGAGCAGGGGUCCUCGGGGGACGAGGGGUCGCACCGCUCAGAGAGCCAGCGUGGUGAGGUGGACAUUCAGGAUGUGAACUUUAAGCUGCGCCACGAUGUGGUUGAGCUGUGCGCCGUGGCGUUCUCCCAGCGACUCUCCGCUCGCUCUUCCCAGCUGCUGAAGCUGCUGGUGUGUCGCGGUCUCUACCCUCAGCUGGCCGUGGCGGAUGAGCUCAACAGCCGGCGCAAGGACUCUGAGCAGAUCUUCCACACCCAGAACAAGGCAGGCGUUGUGCUCCAUCCCACCAGUGUGUUCAGCUCCAAUCCGAGCCUGCUCCAUGUUGACGAGGAAGGGGACAGACCGGGUCAGAGGUUAGAGCAGAGCAAACAGCACCAGCUGCUUGCCUUCGUCUCGUUGCUAGAGACAAACAAACCCUACCUUCUGAACUGUGUCCGAGGCCCUGCACUGCAGUAUCUCCUGCUGUUUGCUCGCUCCCUGGACACAAGCGCAGACUGUGGCCGAUUGGUUGUGGAUGGAUGGCUGGAACUGGCGCUGGCUGACCCGGGAGUGGGUGUUCAGCUCCUGUCCAACGUCACGAGGCUGCGGGACAGAUGGGACCAGGUCCUCACCGACCAGAUUAAACUGACAGAAAGGCGUGGCGGCCAGGAGGACGAGGAGAAGCAGCGUGAGCUUCAGCGCGCCAGGGAAUCAUUGCGUCGGAAACUCCUGGACUUCCUGGAGGCUGAGGUACCGUACUCCAUUCGCCAGCUGACCGGGCUGGAGAGGAAGAACCUGUAUGUCGGGCCAGAGCUGGUGACAGACAUGCCCUUGUUGGAGGUGCUGAGGGCUGGGAAGGAAUGCCAGCCCCACCCACUGAAGGGAGGUCUGGCAGUGAACGACUAUCUGACCUACAAUUGCUUGGCGGGUGAGGACCUCUACAGUGGCUGUUUGCGGACCUUCUGGUCCUGCCCGAGCUGUGACCUCCGACUCCCUUUCACCCCCGUUGAGCGGUGGCAGCAUGAGGCUGAGUGUAAAGAGAAGGUCCAGGAGGCCGAGCAGGCAGCCUCAGACAGCAGCCUGGGAUCGGGGCCCAGCGUGAGCCAGGCUCUCCUGCAGCCUUUCCACUGUGACCACUGCCAACAGGACCUGCUUCUCACCCCCACCCAGAUCCUGAAGCACAAGCAGCGGCACCAGUGAGAGGUGCUAGUCCUCACGAGGACAAUGAGCAGGAUGGUCUGUGGUCUCUGCGUUUGUGGCCAGCGAAAGUCGCCAGAGCUCAGGAGAAUGGUCUUGUUUCUGCGCUGAAGGCCAGCGAGAGCAGCCAGUGCUCAAGGCCAGUAAGAGAGACCAGUGCUCAGGAGGAGGAUGGCCAGUUGUUUCUGCAUUUAUGACCAGUGACAGCAGCCAGUGCUCAGGAAGAAGACCAUCCAUCGUUUCUGCGCUUACAGCCAGUGGAACAGCCAGUGCUGAGGUGGAGAACGGGCUGUCGUUUCUGUGCUUACAGCCAGUGGAACAGCCAGUGCUGAGGUGGAGAACGGUCUGUCGUUUCUGCGCUUACAGCCAGUGCUGAGGUGGAGAACGGUCUGUCGUUUCUGCGCUUACAGCCAGUGGAACAGCCAGUGCUGAGGUGGAGAACGGGCUGUCGUUUCUGCGCUUACAGCCAGUGCUGAGGUGGAGAACGGGCUGUCGUUUCUGCGCUUACAGCCAGUGGAACAGCCAGUGCUGAGGUGGAGAACGGGCUGUCGUUUCUGCGCUUACAGCCAGUGGAACAGCCAGUGCUGAGGUGGAGAACGGGCUGUCGUUUCUGCGCUUACAGCCAGUGCUGAGGUGGAGAACGGUCUGUUUUUUUUCUGCCUGCUUUUACGGACAGCGGUGAGCCUGCCCGGUGGGACGGAGCGUGGGGACUUGGCUGUUGACCGGCUCUCUGGUGAAGGUCAGUUUUCCCAGCUGAAAUGGGUUUGCUGUGUGUAUUGCAUUCAGUCAAAUCUCCUUCCGGCCUCCACACAGCAGGUCACUGAGCUUAAGCCGGCUGGUCACAUUGGUGUUAAUUAAAUCUGUGUACACGA